AUGAACACAGUCAACGCUCCCCAGCAGGACAACUGGGACAACAACAUCUAUCUCGUCAGCACAACACGUGUCCUCAUGGCCCUCGGAUUGACCUUUCUCAUCAGGAGUGUCUAUCAGCUUUUUCAGAGAAUGAGAUCAGCCGGUGCUAACGCGGGUGCUGCUGAGGCUGGAGCAGAGGACGCGAUUGGGAUUGACGUUGAGGCUCUCGCCCUGGGAGCGCUAGGGGAUGCAGCGGCGCUCAGCUCAGAGCCUGUGGGUGACAUCAACGAGACGCUUGAGAUCACUUUGCCGCCGCCAAUAUAUAGCCCGCAACCAAGGUCGCCGCGACGCCCGGUCUCGGCCCGUCGGCAGGAUUGA